CAAAAUGUCUCGGAGGCAGGAGGAGCAGAGAGGGGGCGCGCCCUUGAUGGCGGAAGGCAAGUCGGACGCAGAGGUUAGGCUCAUUCUGUAUCACUGGACACAUUCUUUCAGCUCUCAAAAGGUGCGCUUGGUAAUUGCUGAAAAGGCAUUGAAGUGCGAGGAACAUGAUGUAAGUCUGCCCCUGAGUGAGCACAAUGAGCCUUGGUUUAUGCGUUUGAACUCAACUGGAGAAGUGCCUGUCCUUAUCCACGGGGAAAACAUUAUUUGUGAGGCCACUCAGAUCAUUGAUUAUCUUGAACAGACUUUCCUGGAUGAAAAAACACCCAGGUUAAUGCCUGAUAAAGGAAGCAUGUAUUACCCACGGGUACAACAUUAUCGAGAACUACUUGACUCAUUGCCAAUGGAUGCCUAUACCCAUGGCUGCAUUUUACAUCCUGAGCUAACUGUGGACUCCAUGAUCCCAGCUUAUGCAACCACACGGAUUCGCAGCCAAAUUGGUAACACAGAAUCUGAACUGAAAAAACUUGCUGAAGAAAACCCAGAUUUACAAGAGGCAUACAUCGCAAAACAGAAGCGACUUAAAUCAAAGCUGCUUGACCAUGACAAUGUCAAAUAUUUGAAGAAAAUUCUUGAUGAAUUGGAGAAAGUCUUGGAUCAGGUUGAAACUGAGUUGCAAAGAAGAAAUGAAGAAACCCCAGAAGAGGGCCGUCAGCCUUGGCUCUGCGGAGAAUCCUUCACCCUGGCGGACGUCUCUCUUGCUGUCACAUUGCAUCGACUGAAGUUCCUGGGGUUUGCGAGGAGAAACUGGGGAAAUGGAAAGCGACCAAACUUGGAAACCUAUUACGAACGUGUCUUGAAGAGAAAAACAUUUAACAAGGUUUUAGGACAUGUCAACAAUAUAUUAAUCUCUGCAGUGCUGCCAACAGCAUUCCGGGUGGCCAAGAAAAGGGCCCCAAAAGUUCUUGGCACUACCCUUGUGGUUGGUUUGCUUGCAGGGAUGGGAUAUUUUGCCUUUAUGCUUUUCAGAAAGAGACUUGGCAGCAUGAUAUUAGCACUUAGACCCAGACCAAAUUAUUUCUAGUCUUGUAGGGAUCUAGUGGUGGCCACUUGUCCAGCCAUUCAAUUAGACCCUUGUAUACUCUUCCAGGCCCAGGGAAGAAUGACCCUAGGCAAUUAGUAAAAAGUAUAAUUUACUUUACUCUUUGGGUAGUUUUGUGGGGAGAGAAGGUAAUGAAAAUGUUUUUGUGGGCUGGUAACUUUGAAAUUACUUAUUUGCAAACCUGAACUAAUCCAUCCUUAAAACAUGUGCAAGGUCAAGAUACAGACGUGCUGACAGAGAAUUAGACCUUUAACUCAGAAUGCCAGUUCAAGUUCUGAAUUAUUUUUUGGGAGGAGUUUCUUACUAUGAGCGGAUGGUAAUAAUCUGUGGUUGCCCAUAUCUCUUCAUCUGAGACGAUCUGGAUGUGCUGAGUG